AUGUCAAAGAUUGAUGACUCGACCCUCUGCGAGCUCCUGGACCUGAAGUCCGCCGCUAUACUGUUCAUACUGGACCGCCGUCUGGUGAAAGCCAACCAGUCAGGCAUCCAGCGCAUUGCGAACAAGAUCUUCCUGAACGCCAAGACUAGCGCGCUGGAGAACGGCGUUGUCAACGAGGAGUUUCAAUGCGCUUGGGAGAAGUAG